CCGAAAAGAAAAACAACUUUGCCCUUUUCUAGACUUCUAGUGUCUCUGACUUCCCUCCAUCCAACCAGACCGCAACCAUGGCUUCUUUCUUAGCUAACGGUACUAUUUCACGCUUAUCUCCUCAACCCACCCACGAAUCAUCUAACCUGCCCAAAGGGUUUCGCCCAAAAUUCACAAUUCCGAAUUUCCAAAACCCCAGAACCCUAACUUCAAGGCUCCUCAAGAUUCGAGCAGAUGUCGCGUAUUCGGGCCCAAGUUCUUCUUCUUCUUCUUCUUCGCCAGGUAGGUCCUCGAUUCCAACUACUACUACUACUACAUCAACAACAGCUACGGCCAGUGAGAAAAUCCAAGAAAUCCUUCGUAACGUCGAGUACGAUAAGAAAUACGGUUUUAAUGUGGACAUCGAUUCGUACUCGAUCCCUAAAGGGCUUUCUAAGGAAACAAUCCGGUUGAUUUCUUCGCUUAAAGAAGAACCCGAUUGGAUGCUUGAGUUUAGAUUGAAUGCCUUUGAGAAAUUCUUGAGGAUGAGAGAGCCCAUGUGGUCUGAUAACCGAUACCCACCUAUUGAUUUCCAAGAUAUUUGUUAUUACUCGGCGCCCAAGAAGAAAUCCACUUUGAAUAGCCUCGAUGAGGCCGACCCGGAACUCAUUAGGUACUUUGAUAAACUGGGUGUCCCUUUGAAUGAACAGAACCGAUUGGCUAAUGUAGCCGUUGAUGCCGUUCUCGAUAGCGUAUCGAUUGCCACGACGCAUAGGAAGACAUUAGAGAAGGCUGGUGUGAUAUUUUGUUCGAUAUCUGAGGCGAUUAGGGAGUACCCAGAUUUGGUUAGGCAGUAUUUGGGGAGAGUAGUGCCCAGUGAGGAUAAUUACUAUGCAGCGUUGAAUUCGGCAGUGUUCAGUGAUGGUUCGUUUUGCUAUAUUCCGAAAGACACGAAGUGUCCGAUGCAAAUUUCAACUUACUUUCGGAUAAAUGCACUUGAAACUGGGCAGUUUGAGAGGACGUUAAUAGUUGCGGAAGAGAGGAGUUUUGUGGAGUAUUUGGAGGGGUGUACAGCGCCUUCAUAUGAUAGAAACCAACUUCAUGCUGCUGUGGUGGAGCUGUACAGUGCUGAGGGUGCGGAGAUUAAGUACUCCACAGUUCAGAACUGGUAUGCUGGGGAUGAGGAAGGGAAAGGAGGGGUUUAUAAUUUUGUUACAAAGCGAGGCCUUUGUGCUGGGGCUCGCUCAAAGAUAUCUUGGACCCAAGUGGAGACGGGGUCUGCCAUUACAUGGAAGUAUCCAAGUGUUGUUUUGGAGGGAGAUGAUAGUGUGGGUGAGUUCUAUUCUGUUGCUCUGACUAAUAAUCAUCAGCAGGCAGACACGGGGACAAAGAUGAUACACAAAGGGAAGAAUACUAGAAGUAGGAUUAUUUCCAAAGGUAUAUCAGCUGGGAAUUCAAGGAAUUGCUAUAGGGGUCUCGUUCAGGUUCAGUCAAGGGCAAAGAAUGCUCGGAAUUCCUCUCAGUGUGAUUCUAUGCUUAUCGGUGACAAUGCAGCUGCCAAUACAUAUCCAUACAUUCAGGUGAAGAAUCCAACAGCUCGCAUUGAACACGAAGCCAGUACCUCCAAAAUUGGUGAAGACCAGCUGUUUUACUUUCAGCAGAGGGGCAUCGAGUAUGAGAAAGCCAUGGCGGCCAUGAUUUCUGGGUUUUGCAGAGAUGUGUUCAAUGAGCUUCCGGAUGAGUUUGGUUCUGAGGUGAAUCAACUUAUGAGCUUGAAGCUUGAAGGAUCAGUUGGUUAGCCAUCAAGCGGUGUCUUAGCCAAGAGCUCGUGUUUGACGGUGAAAUUUAGGUCUUUUUGUAAAAAAAAAAAAAAUACAAUUGUACAUAAAAAUAUUUCCUGUUCUGAAUUAAUUUGUCUGUUGUAUAAAAAUGAUCGAUUAUCAUGCAUUCAAUAAGUUGUAAGUUGUUAGAUUCGUUUUUA